GAAAGUGGAGUUGCUUGAAUUACUAUGAAGAAGCCGCGCAUUGACCCCCUACAAUUAUUGAAGUGCCUUUCGGUACUUUUGACGCCGGAAGGUGGAAUAUUGUCCAGAGACGAAGUUCCUCGCCUAGUCAAUUUAAUGACAAAAUUUUCCAAGAAAUUAGUAAGCAAAUGCGUGUACGUGCUUAUAUUAAAAAAUACAGAAAAAGAACUAGUGGAUAUGUUCAUGGCAGAAGGAGGUUGGACACUUAUUCAAACGUGGCUGCAAGACGCAGUGCAAACGUUGAAUUGGGAUCUUGUUAAGGAAAUAUUAGGGCUUUUACUUAUUACACCUGUAGAUGUCGAACGAUUGAAGUUGAAUAUUCUUCCAAAACUGAUCAAGAGUUUAUCAAGAAGAGAAGAAUUAGAAGGUGUAUCCCAGCUAUCCACCCAACUGGUACAACAAUGGCUUGUUAUUGUGAAAGGAUCGAGUGGUGUUUCUUCCCAACAGGUAUCAACUGAACCUCAAAAAGUGGAAAUUCCACAGCCUGAAAGUGAUCCCAUUAUAGAAUCUGCCCUUGAGGCACCUACACAAGAAAAGACUGAGGACAAAUCAGAUUCAAUCACUACUCAAAGUUUUUACAAUAAAAAUGGUGAAAAUUCAUCUGAACGAAAAGUUUCAACAGAUACAGAUAUUCAGAAAGAAGAAUCUGAGGGCUCAGUAGAAACAUCAGAUGUUUCUAAAUCAAAAUAUGAUAAGAAAGGUGAUAAAUCCAAGAGUUCUAAGAGCUCAAAAAGUAUUUCCAGUAGCAGUCGUGAUAAAGAUAGAAGUCGAGAAAAAGAAAAAUAUCGUGAAAAAGAAAAAGAACGUGAGAGGGAUAGAAACAGAGAGAAAGACAGAAAGAAAUCUAGUAGUUCAUCAAAAAGUAGUAAUUCCAGUAAAAAUAGAAAUAGUGACGAUGAGAAAGACAAGAAAGUCAGGAGUAAGAGUGACAAAGAAAAGGAUAAAUACAGACCCAAUGGAUCUUCAAAAAGCAGUAGUAGUACUUCUAGUAAGAACAAGGACUCUAAAGACAGAAAAAAAGAUACUGAAAAGCAGUCUGAUAAAGACAAAGACACACUUGCUUCAAUUAAACCACCAACCAUUGACAAACUUGGGAGAAUACCUAAAAAACCUAGUGCGCCUGAAUCUGCUGAGCUUCAGGAACUGAGGGAAAAGAAAAAAGCUUUUUCUAUUGGUGUCAGAAAAGAUGCCGAGGAGCGGCCAAAAACCGUGAAAAUUUUCAAUUCAAAGAUGCGAUCCACAGGUCUAGAAGAAGAAAUAAAGUUGGCACCUGCUAGACCAGGGAAGAAACCAACUCCUUCCAUACAGCUUCCUACUAUUCCCACAAAGCGACCGUCACCUCCUAGGGACAUUAGGGAUCCGGUAAUCCCCCCCGAGAAGAAAUUGAAAUUGGACAAAGUCGACCUGCCUGAGAGACCUGGCGCCAUUAAGCUAAUCCCUCCCAAACCCAAACCAGUUCUACAGGAAAGCGAUCUGUUCAUGGAUGCCCUUACCGCAGCUACAACAAAGAAAGAGCCUAAGAAAAGAAAACGAAGGCUCAGUGUCACCAAGGACGUCCCGGCUUCCCCUACAUCUUCGCCUAAAACGGAACAACCGCAAACCCCUACAACGCCAACUCAAACCGUGAGCACUUCACCGCUGGGACUGAAGAAUAUCGCGCCCAUCAAUUUCUACCAGGAUACUCUUUCCGAAGAAACUGCUGCUGAAAAUAAAGAUGAAGAAAACAAGGAGAACAGUACCGAACAAAGUGAUGUAGUUCCAGAUGCCACUUCUGCGGAGAAUGAAGAAGCAACGACAUCUACUAGCCCACGUUCGACCACUCCUACUGAUACCACCAAGGAAGAAGAAAUCGUUGAACCUAAGAGAGUGAGAACAGAGGGGGGUCUUAGGGGAGUUCUGUUGUACACGAAGAAAAAAGGCCCGAAAAGAUCGAUUUCAUGGAAAGCUGAAGAAGAUCUGGUAGAAGUUCGUUUCUUCGAACUGGAUGAAACCGAAAGGGUGAAUGUCACGAAAACAUUCGGAGAUAUGGCUAAGAUGGAUAUUUCCAGUGAAAGAGAGGCACUAGAACACUCUCGUAAAGUAGGUGGAGAUGACCUAAUGGAACCACAGGCCAUGUGGCGGAUACCGUUCCUGAUAGAACAGGAGGAUCCUCUAGCUGCACCAGGUCAUAAAAGUUUGGAGAAGGACAUUCAGUUUGCUCGCGAAAAGAGCGUUCUUCAAGCUUUGUACUUCGACAAGAGACGAAUCCCUGACAGCGCCGAGGAACCUAUCCCGGAAAACCAUCAAAUGAGUGACCCAGUAGUGAUUCCUCUCGAAGACCCAGAAAGUCAAGAGAUUGAUCUGAGGUUAACGCCUUGGCCUGAAUCCAAAGGCCAGCAGCCUAUGCCCGAACCUCAAAUUCCAACGGUAUUCCCGAAUGUCCAAGGGCCAUUCAACGCCCCUUUCAACAACCUGCCGCCUCCAGGCUUCCAAGGGAUGCCACCCCGUUUUCCUGGACCGGUAGGUCCAAUGGCCCCAACAGUUCCCAACAACUUUGUCAAUCCGAAUAUGAUGCCUAACGGAAAUAUGAUUCCUCCAAAUAUGGCUGCUAUGGGUCCUCCAAAUGAGAUGAUGAUGAACCAUCAGAUGAAUCCGAAUAUGUUCCCAGCAGGCCCAAUGCCUGAUAAUUUCGCGCCUGUUCCAGAAUAUCCAAUGUUCCCUAACACUGUACCAAAUAAUAUGAACAUGAAUAUGAAUAAUAUGAAUAACAUGAAUAACAUGAAUAACAUGUUCCCUCCGAACAAUUUCAAUAACCACCGACAUAAUAGGGGUGGGGGUGGUUUUCGGCAUGGCAGGGAUGGUAAUAAUAGUGGUAAUUGGGUACGAAUGAGCGGAUCUGGCAACAAUUGGAGGCGAGGCGGCGGGGGUCACAGGGGUGGUAGGCUUUGCAAAAAUAUCCAGAAUCACGGUUACUGUAGGAAUGGAGAUAAUUGCCCGUUUGUGCACCCGUGAAGCGGUUUUGAAUGACAUUGUCUCACAAUUUGUUCUAGAAUUGUGCAAAAACUUGUGAUAUUUUCUUUAGGAUUCGAUGGACUAUUUGAGUGUGGAGCACUUGAAUAACGCAUGCAUGAGAGUACAAAUUUUAUGGAUUGAUUAGGAUGAAGAGAUAAAUCCGCGAUUGAAUCUAUUUACUGUGAUAUCAAUGAAUACAGUGUUAGGUCUAUAUAUAAUUAACGAACGAUCAUUUUUUCACUAUAAUUUGCAAGCAGAUUAUUUUGCAGCUAAUAUAAGAAAGGUAGGUAGGUACCUACCUGAUAUGUUUUCAUAAAAUGUAAAUAUGUAAUAUAUGUCGAUAAAGAUUACGUUUUUGUACAACUUUUCCAGAGUAAUUAUGGUUAUGUAGAUAUAUAAUUUCAAAUAAAUAUAUCUUCAACAG